AAUAGAGAACGAAGCUCUUAUCGAUAAUCAAAGUUCGGCUCGAUUUCUGACCUAACAGAGGCUUUCAAAAUCGUCUUCAACAGAGGUGGGAACGAUGGAUUGGGGGAAAGUGUCGACGGAUGAUCUAAUUGAUGCCCUUCGAGAGGUUGAUUGGUCUGCUCCUCCGCGUCCUCUCACCGAAUUUUUCUCGAGAUUCACCGUCCCCAGAUCCUCCGCCAAGUGGGACAGCCGGUUGAAGUGCAACCUCUACUACUACAGGACGAAUUAUUUCAUAUUGAUCGUCUUCCUUCUUGGGAUUGGAUUUAUCCGGAAGCCACUUGCUAUUAUUGCUGCUGCUUUGACCGCCUUGAGUAUUGCGUUCUUGAAUGAUAGCUUUGCAAUUACUUUUAAUGAAAAAGUAACCAGGACUGUGAGACAAUUCUCUCCUCAACUGGCUGCAAAAAUGAGGCCACCAAUAGCACCUGUUAUUCGAGGGCGACCAUCCACAAAAAGAGCCAUUCAUAUAUGUGGCCACCCUCGUUGGAUAUUUGUCUUGAUAUUUUCUGCAGCUAGUUGCGUCUUGUGGUUCACUUCUUGCAACCUUCUUACAGUACUCUGGGCACUUGCUAUUGGUCUUCUAGCUACAAUACUCCAUGCCAGUUUCAGAACUCCGAAUUUGAAAGCACGUUUGAAUACAUUUCGUGAGGAAUUUCGUGAAGUCUGGCGCAAUUACAGUGAGUUGUAACUUUAUCACUGAUGAUUUUUAGAUAGAUGGUAGCGAAUAUCGUUGAAGUGGUUGGUUUGCUGUUCUUAUAGAAUCAUCGAUCCUUUCGGGCGGCUAAAUCACAACUUUGUGCCAUUGAUGGCUUAAACUAUUAAGGGCUAAACCUGCAUUCAGAAUUACUUGUCAUUUAUCCUGUCCAAUUUAUGUAAUGCCAAUAUUCUCACUUUUUGUAGCCAAGAUGGCUUAGGGAAUAACUUGAAAUAUGAAGAUGGUUCCGUAUUGACAGGUGAUAAUUUUGCCUUACAAUUUUAUUGUGAAUUGUUACUAGCUUGUAUAUAUAAAGAUGGCUUGGAGAAUUAAAA